UUUCCAAUAAAUGCUAUUCUAUGAAAAAUAUAUGAAUUAGAUAACAAUAAUUCAUUAUUCAUCUGUGGUAUUUUUAGCAAACAUUUUCAUUCGAUUCAAAACGGAGUCAAGAUACGAUAUUCGUAUUUGUAUUUCUAUGAAUAUAGGCCCGCGAGCAUUACCGCUGCCCUGGGCAGGUGCAAACCAAAACAUGGAGGAAACUGACGAAGGAGUUUGUCAAAAUUUCGUGGAUUCGCUCCACCCCGGCUGUGUUCUAUCGCGACUACAAGAACUCAGGAAGAAUGAGGAGCUUUGUGAUAUCACACUUUUAGUGGAAAACAAAAGGAUAACCGCACAUAAGGCUGUGUUAGCCGCUACAAGCCGAUAUUUUAACGCCAUGUUUACGGGUCAAAUGAGAGAGAGCUCCACCGAUUUGGUUGAGAUUCACGGAGUGGACUCAGUCUCUGCCGAGCUCCUCAUCAAUUUUGCCUACACCUCCCGACUCAGAAUCACUGAUGCAAAUGUUCAGAAUAUAUUCCUUGCCUCUGAUCUUCUUCAGUUCAAGUCUGCUAAAGAUGCUUGUAUAGACUUUAUUAUGCGACAAAUUGAGACAUCAAACUGUUUGCGAAUCCUUGCCCUUGCCGAGAGGCAUGGUCUGAAAAUACUCAAGGAAGCUGCCUUCUCUGUUAUAAUGGAUAAUUUUACUGAAGUUGUGGAGACAGAUGAUUUCAAGAACCUGUCUACAAGUCAAGUUAUUGAUAUUCUCCGUAGAGAUGAUCUUAAGGUAACAGAAGAGAGACAGGUGUUUAAGGCGACAGUAACUUGGGUAGAUCACAACAGAGAGGAGCGCAAGCAACACAUGUCAGAGCUACUGAAGGUCGUGAGGCUUUCCUUUAUCCCUCUUAGGGUGCUCUGUACAGAGAUUGGAGAAAAUCCACUUGUCCAAUCUAACGUGUUCUGUCAGGACAUCAUAGAGGAAGCCAAGACGUGCCACUGCGAGUGCGCAUGCGUGACAAUGCGGCGUUCAUAUGCCAAGACCCUGUUUGUACUUGGUGGGGAGACUUCAUUCAUGAAAGAGGUGAAGAGCGUUGAGCGAUUCGACCACGAGCGUACCGAGUGGCUAAUGUCCAAGCCUAUGUCUGAGGCCCGGGCUUCCUUUGCCGUCGCUGUCUAUGACAACAAGCUGUAUGUGAUUGGUGGAUAUCGCCGAGGCCGCAAGCUGAACUCCAUGGAGCGCUAUGACCCCGUGGAAGACACGUGGACGGGCCUGCCCUCUACCUCCAAGUGCCAGGGAGAUAUGCGGGCUGCUGUGCUUGGGGAUUACAUCUAUGUGGCUGGCGGCAGCAGCGAUCGGCUGCUAACUUGCAAUUAUGUGGAACGUUAUUCGCCUCGCUCUGAGCGCUGGCAGACAGUCGCGACCAUGCAUAGGCAAAGACGGCGCUUCGCCCUGGCCGUUCUAGACUCCCGGAUGUAUGCGGUGGGGGGUUUCGACGAUAAUACAGGGGAUCUUAGUCACGUGGAACAUUACAACCCAGAAACCAAUUCGUGGGUCGAGGAUCCCGAGAUGCUCAUCUGUCGCUACGACUUCGGUGCGCAAGCACUCUCGGGAUAUCUGUACGCGGUGGGUGGGGCUAACGGUCGCAAAGGAUCAUUGAAUACUGUCGAGCGCUACGACCCAAAGGCGCAGACCUGGACUCGAGUCGCCUCAAUGAAGCAUUGCAGAGGCGGUGUUUCAAUCGCGGUGCAUUGUGGGAAAAUAUUUGCCAUAAAUGGAAUGAACGAGUACAUGUCGAUAGUCGACUCUGUCGAGUGCUACGACGAGGUCGAGAACAGAUGGACGUCGGCCGCUAGUACCCAGACUGCGCGCUUCAGUGCUGCCUCAGUAGUUUUCCCUGUGGCGUGGACAUGAGCCAGCUGUACUCUACCGCUGACCGGUAGCAAUUGCAUCACGGCCUUAUGAAGACAGACGAUGACUGCACGUACGCACACUGCUCUCCGCUGAGGGCCUGAGCCAGCGGUACUCUAACGCUGACCGGAAGCAAUUGCAUCAAGGUCUUAUGAACACAGACGAUGACUGCACGAACGCACACUGCUCUCCGCUGAGGGCCUGAGCCAGCGGUACUCUAACGCUGACCGGAAGCAAUUGCAUCAAGGUCUUAUGAACACAGACGAUGACUGCACGUACGCACACUGCCCUCCGCUGAGGGCCUGAGCCAGCGGUACUCUAACGCUGACCGGAAGCAAUUGCAUCAAGAUCUUAUGAACACAGACGAUGACUGCACGUACGCACACUGCUCUCUGGUGAGGGCCAGAGCCAGCUGUAUUCGACCGCUGACCGGAACCAAUUUAGCAUGGCACCAAAAGAAUCAGCCCCGUGUAGUCCGUAGUCACCUAGAUCAUUUUUGCAAUGAGUUAAGAACGAACCAAUCGGGACUUAUAUAUUAUGGUGGGCCUAAUGAAACCCCUGAUGGCCACCAAGGAUAUAAUAAACUUAAACAAAGCGGGAUUAACAGUUGUAACUAAUUCAAACUUCUAAGUUGUAACUUACAAACUUUGUCUCUCUCUCUGGCGGACGGCCAUUUCUGUCGCCAAUUGUUAAAUACACCUAUAUCAAGUAUAGGCACGGUAAUACGAGCAACAAAAUCAUCCAACUUGUCUCGCUUUCAUCCAAUCACAUGUGUCAACUUGUCUCGCUUUCAUCCAAUCACAUGUGUCAACUUGUCUCGCUUUCAUCCAAUCACAAGUGUCAACUUGUCUCGCUUUCAUCCAAUCACAUGUGUCAACUUGUCUCGCUUUUAUCCAAUCACAUGUGUCAACUUGUCUCGCUUUCAACCAAUCACAUGUGUCAACUUGUCUCGCUUUCAUCCAAUCACAAGUGACAACUUGUCUCGCUUUCAUCCAAUCACAAGUGACAACUUGUCUCGCUUUCAUCCAAUCACAAGUGACAACUUGUCUCGCUUUCAUCCAAUCACAUGUGUCAACUUGUCUCGCUUUCAUCCAAUCACAAGUGUCAACUUGUCUCGCUUUCAUCCAAUCACAAGUGUCAACUUGUCUCGCUUUCAUCCAAUCACAUGUGUCAACUUGUCUCGCUUUUAUCCAAUCACAUGUGUCAACUUGUCUCGCUUUCAACCAAUCACAUGUGUCAACUUGUCUCGCUUUCAUCCAAUCACAAGUGACAACUUGUCUCGCUUUCAUCCAAUCACAUGUGUCAACUUGUCUCGCUUUUAUCCAAUCACAAGUGUCAACUUGUCUCGCUUUUAUCCAAUCACAAGUGUCAACUUGUCUCGCUUUUAUCCAAUCACAAGUGUCAACUUGUCUCGCUUUCAUCCAAUCACAUGUGUCAACUUGUCUCGCUUUUAUCCAAUCACAUGUGUCAACUUGUCUCGCUUUCAUCCAAUCACAAGCACUAGAGAUGUGGCUUGAGAUGUGUUGACGUCAUUUUGCUGCGAGACAAAUUGGUUCGUUGAAGAAAUACGCGCAACAUUCACAAGUUUUGUUAGAAAACUACUUUCUUCAACAAACUUUUUCAACUUGUACCUUUUUUCUUUCGAGACUUGAUGUUUUUUUUGCUCGCGUUCCCGUACCUUAUGGGUACAUGAUGAAUGUGUUGUAGCAGGGAAAUAGUAGAAAAAGGUUGUACUCGGAUUAUCUGUGUAGUAACCCGCGUAGCUUCUUGGGUAUAAAAUAAUUUGGCGAAUAAAUGUGAUUAGCAAAAA